AUGGGUGGUCAAGGCCAAUUCAGAGUUAUCAUUGUCGGAGGAUCUAUCGCUGGCCUUACCCUGGCGCACUGUCUCCGACGGGCGGGAAUCGAUCAUGUCGUUCUCGAGAAGGGCGCAGACCUAUCCCCACAGAUUGGGGCAUCAAUUGGGAUCAUGCCUAAUGGAGCCCGGAUUCUAGAUCAAUUGGGACUCAUUGAUGCCGUGGCGGCAAUCACGGAGCCUGUCAAUACGGCCUUUAUCUCCUACCCAGACGGGUUUGCGUUCCGAAGCGACUAUCCAAGAAUUAUCACUGAAAGGUUCGGAUAUCCCAUUGCUUUUCUGGAUCGACAGAAAUUCCUCGAAAUCCUGCACACGUCCUACCCCAACCCGUCAAAUAUCCAUACAAAGCAUCGAGUGAUACGCAUCCAGCAGCUGGAUAGCCAUGCCGAAGUUUUGACAGACAGUGGACAGAAAUACACUGGGGACCUGGUGGUUGGUGCUGACGGUGUCCAUAGCGUCACCCGCUCGGAAAUAUGGAGAUCAGGACAGGUUUCGAAGCGGGAGAAGAGAAGAAUGAGAGUCGAAUACGCGUGCGUCUUCGGUAUCUCUUCUCCCGUCGUGGGUUUAAACCCCGGAGACCAAGUAAAUGCAUUUUACGACCGGCUGACGAUUAUUACUAUGCAUGGGAAAGGCGGGAGAGUAUUCUGGUUCGUGAUUAAAAAGAUGGACAAGAUAUACGUGUACCCAGACACGGUGCGGUUUUCCAAUGAAGACGCCAUCCGUACGUGUCAGCAAAUUGCUCACCUUCAACUGAUGAAUGAUAUCACAUUCGGCCAUGUCUGGGAGAAGAAAGAGAUUGCCUCUAUGACAGCACUGGAGGAAAACAUCUUUCACACCUGGCACGCCGACCGCCUGGUCUGUCUCGGGGACAGUAUCCACAAACUGCGAAUAACAAUGUCCCAGAUGACCCCAAAUAUUGGACAAGGAGCCAAUAUUGCGAUUGAAGAUGCUGCCGUUCUAGCUAAUCUUCUCCAUGGGACGCUCUCAAAGAAUGAGCCAGGGAAGCUUUCACAGCCGGCACUGAAUCAGGUCUUGCGGGAAUUUCAGCGUAUUCGCUUUAACCGUGUGAACAGGAUUUACCAAGAUUCACGGUUUGUGGCUCGACUCCAUGCACGAGAUGGCUUCCUUAAAACGCUCCUUGGGCGUUACUAUGUCCCUUAUUUUCCCAGCCUCCCGGCUGAUAUAGCUUCAAAAAUCAUCGCGGACAGCCCCGUGAUAACCUUUCUCCCAACUUCCCAGCGCACUGGACCUGGAUGGUUACAGUACAGCCAAAGGGCAAGAGGGCUAGCUCCCUCGUGGGUACUAGUGCUUCUGUUGAUUUCUAUAAGCUUGCUCUUACACCGGUACAAGGUCGCACUCAUUGACCUUUGGCGUGACUCCUUCAUUUCCAACCCCAGUUAAGGCAUGCUAACUGGAUUAGCUUAGUUUCAUUAGUAGGUCUAGGAAUAUACAACCUUAAAG